GAAGCACUCUAUUUCUUUAAUGACAUUGAAUAACAGUGGUUAAUGUGUGUACAAUGAACCCUGCAAAAACAUUGCCAACGAGACAACGCACACAAACAAAACACCACAAAUAAACACUUUCUAUCCUUGUUCCCAUUCUUCCUCUUCCUCCACUUCCUUCUCCCAAGAAAAUAACACAAUUUCCCAGAUUCAAACUUCUCUUUUUUCAACGUCUAAAGAAAGUAAGAAUCUAUCGUCUCUAAUUCUUUUUUUUGUAGUAUAUAUAAAAAACUACUUUGCUCUUUUUCUUCUUAUGGUAGAGAGCAUUUUACAGUAAAUAAAUUUCAGAGAAAAGCAAAAGAAGAUAACACAGAAAGUUAUUAACUUUCUCUUUUUGUGUUAUCUCUAUCACUCACUUUAAAGUUUCCUCAGGGAUUCAAAAUCAAAAUCUUCCAGAAACUGCUUCAAGCUUCUACUUUUUUUUUGAUUCAAGCUUCUACUUGAUCAAACUCAUGACCCACUUCUCAUAAAAAGCACCAACCAAUUCCAACUCUUUUCUCAUUCAUUUCUUUAGUUUCCGGCAAGAUUUGAAACAGAUUUGUGUUCUGUUUUUUUUUUAAAUAUAAUAAUAAAAAAUAUGGAUCGGAAGAGAGGGUGCAAGAUCAGGAAGAGAGGUUGUUCUUCUUCCUCUUCCUCUUCUCUUGCUCGUCGAAACCGCUUCAAACGCGCCAUUUUCGCCGGGAAAAGAGCCUCACUAGAAGACGGUGGCGGCUCAGAAACUCCGGUUAAGUCCAUCUCCGCCGCUAAAACUCCCGUACUCUUACCAUUUUCUCUGGAAACACCUCCUGUAGGCCAAUCACAGAAACGCUGCGUCGUGUCAGCGAGAAAGCUGGCGGCAACGUUAUGGGAGAUCAGCGACGGCAAUACAGAUCCUCCUGUAUCCAACGAAGAUUGCUUGAGAAACAAGAAACCACCGAGAAACAGAAGGAAGACAUCAACAGAGAUCCCUUUCCCUGAUUUCCCGCCAAAACCAUCCCAUCCGAAUUCCCAUGAGAGAAUCUUUCUCCGAGAUGAUACAGUUCGUAGAAGAACAACAAUUCCUCAGAAACUACAACUAAUCGAAUACAAAAGCAUCGGCACAAACUCUGUGAAAACACGUUUCAAGAAUGUCAGCGAGGGUUUAGCUACGUCUAAAGAACUCGUGAAGGUCUUAAAACGGAUCGGUCACCUCGGAGAUGAUCACAAGAACGCAAGCAAUCGUUUGAUCUCGGCUCUGCUCUGUGAACUGGACAGAGCAAGAUCUUCUCUGAAGCAUCUGAUGAGUGAAUUCAAUGCGGAAGAGGAGGAGAAGCGGAGGUUAACAGAGAAGCUUCAAGAAGAGGCCGUGGCUGAGAGAAAUCUCCGGCUAAGAACAGAGAAGUUGAACAGAAGAUUAUGGAGAGAGCUGGCGGAAGCUAAGGAAACGGAGAGGAAGAUGAAGGAGGAGAUGGAGAGAGAGAAGAGAGCGAAAGACGUUCUCGAAGAAGUUUGUGACGAGCUGGCGAGAGGUAUCGGAGACGAUAAGAAGGAGAUGGAGAAAGAGAGAGAGAUGAUGCAUAUAGCUGAUGUGUUGAGGGAAGAGAGAGUUCAGAUGAAGCUUACGGAGGCGAGACACGAGUUCGAGGAGAAACACGCCGCCGUGGAGAGGCUCAAGAAGGAGCUCCGGCGUGUCGUGGAUGGCCAGGAGGUGAAAGGGUCGUCGGAGAUUUGCCGGGUUUUAGAGAUGUUAGAUAGUACUGAUAAUGAUAAUGAUGAUGAUGAUGAGGAUGAGGAUGAGGAUGAGGAUGAGGAUGAGGAUGAGGAUGAGGAUGAGGAGAGUGAUCUUAAGUCCAUUGAGUUGAACAUGGAGAGUGGAAGUAUUAGUAAGUGGGGCUACGUUGAAAGCCGGAGGGAUGGCUCAGGCGAAGAUGAUGAUCAUGUGGAGAAGAGAUCAGUGAUUGUUGAUAAUGGGGAGAGAGACGAAUCUUUGAAGACUCUAAGAGAGUACAUUGUUUCGAAUGUGAGAUUCAUAGGCUCUUCUUCAGCGGAGCAGUGGAAUCAUCGGCACUUACCUAGUGUGGAGUUUGUGUAAUCACCUGAGCAAGAAAAAAAAAGUAUCAACUUUUGUAAUGUAUAUACUAUAUUUCCUUAUUUGUAAUUUUAUUCAAUUUAAUUUUUGAAGAAAGCAA